GUAUGUACAUGUAUGUAUAUUUCUAGAAACUAACACCAAUGAUGAAGCCGGAAGGCGAUGAUGCGAUUUUUGGCGGCGAGCCAAAAAAAGUCUCAUCGACGCCACUUUCAUUGCAACAACGUCGACGUAAAACGAUCUUUCUAAAUGCCAUCGGCCUUGUCCUUGACAUCGACCGCAGCGUCCCGACGCUACGCAGCCACGAUUGCAUCAGAAUGUUCGAUGCACGGAAUACACCCAGGAAGGGUGCCGUUAGCAGUGGAAAUAUAGAGAAGGGGAAAUGUAAUACCAUGUUGAUCAUAGCGGGAGUCUUUACGCAGCUGGACAGAUGUGUCAAUAAAUGUAAAUAUACAAUAUAUGUACAAAAAUGGUUGUGUAAACUAUAUACGCAAUUUGUAUUUAUGUACAAAAUGCACUAUUUACAUUGUUACAAAAAUAUUGCAAGGUAAUAUCUGUUUU